UACAAGGCCCUGAACGGCCUGGCAACAGCAUACAUUAUCAACCUCCGGUGCCCUAUCAUUCCAAGAGAUCCAAAAUACAAAAGGGAACGGGGCGUUUAGUGAUGCCACCUUCAGGUUGAGAUCUUGUUUUACGUGCAUGCUAUUAUUCCCUUUCUUGUACUGUAUUGUGUUUGUACUUUCUGCGUUGCCUGAUCUUUGGCUAUACUCGUUAUUUCACUAUGUUUUUUUCCCAUUACCACGUGUUUGGUUCUCAUUAGGGACCUAAGGAAGGAUUUGGUUUGCAUUCUUGUCAUACCUUGUGUUGAGCCUGUCUGCCUGUUAGAACUUAAAAUCUGAUGUUAGUCCAACCUUCAGAUUUUGACAGCAGCAAAAUUGAAUUUAGGCCACAUUAAUGCAAAGCCUCAGCCUGUAUAUUUAUUUGUUAAAUUGUUGUCUCUAUAUGUAUAUAUACUAAAUAUGUAUAUAUGUAUUUAUAUAGACACUAUAUAUAGUGUCUUAGAUUUCAAUUAACUAAUCAACAUAGUUGUGUCUAUUUUAGACAGCAAAAUGGAUAAACGUGUGAUUCUAACAGUGCAAGCCAGUACUGACCAAGUAUCUAUCUACAUUUGAAGCUGAAACCUCGGGCGCUUGGAACCGGGGUCUCCCGGAAUUAACACCUUCUAGACAGCCAGGGGCUCCUGCUCCUUUCCUUGGGCUUGUUAAUUACUGUUGUUGCUCAUAAACUAAAUUGUAGGACCACUGGGGAAAUAAUGUCUCUCCAUAGUCUCUACAAUAAGGUGCAGGACCUGGUGGUCUAUAAAGAGCCAGCUCUCCUGGGCUACAUCCAAGCUGGCAUCAUUGAGGGGUGCGGACCACUUACAAGUCACUGAGACCAGCCCACCCAGAUGGUACCCCCUUCCCCUGUUUGUGCCAAUAACCCAGGGAAGAAGAAGAAGAUAUGGAGAAUAUGCUCUUCUCCCAGUUCCUUCCUGGAAAUCUGGCAGAUAAACUAUGCCAACACUUGGCAGAAUGGCCGCGCUCUAUCAAACUGUUCAACAGAGCUUUUACAGCAUUGGGCCUUUCUGCUCAGGUCAGGCGUGAGGAAGAGGACAACAAAGAGACUAAUGGUCUCUUCUGUCUGGCUGAGAACCCUCUUGCACUAGUGUGGCAGCCUACUAGAGAGUGUGCCCUGAAGACUUGUUUGUUGAGGACACUGAUUCUAGCAAGUAUGUGUCCGGUGAUAAGAGUCCGCAGAGAAUAGCAGGGUUACAAUAUUGGCAAUAUCUUCAAUAUUAACAACGUAAAACCGCAAACAAAUAAAUGAAUAAAAAUGAAUAUAAUGAUCUUUAUUGUCAAUAUACUCUGAAACUGAAAUUCCACAUGGCUUUUCUCGAUGUAGUUAAACAUCUAGGACAGAAAUUUGAUACAUUUCGAUUAUCCAUAUUAAACAAUAAUAUAAGAGAUAGAAAAUGUAGAAAUGUCAUUCAGAAUAUAACGUUACACAUGCUUUAAUAUCUAGCCAAAUAAUAGCAGUACUAGUACCAUGGACCUAUUAAAGAAGACUAGUACAUGAGAACCCCUACAGGAUGCUGCAGGGUCACUUCUGCUGAAAUUACCGGCUACAUUAACUCGUAUGAAUUAGUUUGAAAUGUAUUUGUAAAAGCAAAUGACGACACCACGCAAAGUGGCUCUUAUUUUGAAACAGGAAACGUGGAAACAACGUUGCCAUGGUAACAUGUAUACCCUGCCGGUGAUUAACAGUUAGCUUAGCUAAAUUUAAUAACAGCAGAUUGACGAGCGAUGGAAGGACAAGACACAGGCGGAAAUACGUACCAUUUGCGACCUAAUUAUCAACACAAAUUUAAGCCAGUCAUUGUGAAGGCGUGUAUUCGUGAGAUCUUGCGGGAGCAGUUGUCCGGAGUGCAGUAUGAGCCCGAGGAGGUGCCUGCCCUGUCUCGCGCUCUGGCGGAGAGCAUCAAGAACAAACUAAAAGAUGCUGGGUUUGAACGAUAUAAGUUUGUGGUGCAGGUUGUGAUUGGGGAACAGCGAGGAGAGGGAGUGAAAAUGGCUUCGAGGUGCUUCUGGGAUGCAGACACGGAUAGUUAUGCAGAGGAUUUGUUCAUGAAUGAGAGUCUGUUCUGUGUGGCGGCGGCUUUUGGAUGUUAUCAUUACUGAGAAGAAUCUCUGAGAGCCAGGAGACCCUUCAUCCACGUAGCCGGACCCCCUGAAACCUGCUGAGACUUCCUCUUAUACAUGCAUUGUGUGCUGGUAUUCCGAGAGAGCGAGCAGUGGCACCAGAAAGAGAAAACAUGAUUUUUUUUUUUUACAUUAACGCUUUCUGUUUAAAUUAUACAUUUAAAUCUAACUGGUUUCUAAGAAUUCUUGUAAACAUAUUUCUGAUUAUGUUUUUUUGUAAUUAAUGUGUCUAAUAAGCAACACUUGACCUUCCUUAUAGGCAGUUUCUUAUUUUCUUGGCAUCAGAUUCAAUGUUAUUCAUAAUUGUUUUAAAUACAUUUAUAAUGGCA